AUGUCGGCCGCUACGCUUCGUUCGCCAAGGUUGCGCUGCCUGGACAGUAUCUUUCUGGUCUUCUUCGUUUUUGGAGGUGCUUUGCAACUCACAAGUUUUGACGUCUCUGCCGCGGGGCAUUAUGAUGCUGAAGAGAACCCACAGGAUGAUAAACUUGCUGCCUUCGAGCUGAAGGUGGAGCCAGACAGCUCGGAGAAUUCACGCGAAUUUGUUUUCACUGCUGAGUAUGUGCACCCUUCUCAACUGUCCAACGUCGACGAUGAUGCCAAUCAGAGUUUCUUCGAGGCAAACGCACAGGGCUCACCUGGAAAGUUCGACCCCACGUCGCCGACUGAGGAGCUGCGAGAUGUACAGCUGCGGGUGACGUCCCAGGGGGGACAGCAAGGUCAUUACGCCGAGAUUGUCGUCUUUAAAGAAGGCGAGGUCGUCGCUGGCUUCCGGUUUUCGCUGCAGCAGAAGGAACAAGUCACCCUGCUGCAGCAACUGGCAAAGCUGUCGAAUCAACGCGGAAUUCAUUUUGCGAUUGAGUGGCGCGGGAGGGGCGACGGAUCGGGCAGUCUCUACAUUCGGACCGCUCUCCACCUGCUAGCGACGGGCUACAAGCCUUCCGUCCACUUUGACUUGAUUCUUAACCAGGUGGGGCCCGGGGGAGCUCCACAGACUGUUAAAUUCCGGUCGAACGUCCCUAUCGAUGACAUCAAAGUGCCUGGCGCCUCGGUGGGUGCGCUGAAGCAGCUCAUCGCAGACCAUGCAGACCCCGGGAACAUCGUCACCGGGGCCGGCUCGUUUACUAUCAAACGCCUGUAUGCUGCGUCUGGCAGCAAAAAUGCGGUCACAGACGAGGGCUCCGUCAUGCCCUGGUUGCUGCGCAUGGUGGGUGAGGCGGCCCCCUUGAGAAUCCGAGGAGAGUUGAUUCGGAAUAUGGAGUUCUCCAUGGCGCUUCCCCAAGGGCCGGCAAACUGGAGCGAUAUUCUGCGGCUGUACUCUGGAAUGGAGGACGCGGCGAAACGCGGAAAGAGCGCUCGUGAAUUUACCCAGUAUGACCCUGGGUACCAGGGCAGCUCUCUAUUUCUUCCUCCUGAUGGCUUCAAAGGAGCGGCUCGGCUGGACGACCACCAGCCAGAUCGCCUACAACGUUUCUGGCAACAGGGAGGCGAAUCGGGAAUGAACCCUGGCGAGAUUGGGCACUACUACAGAACCCUAUUCGGGAGACAUUACGACACAUCCAAUAACCCGCUACUCCUCCUGGAUAUGUACGGAAACCCGGUUUACUCGCCUGGAGGGCUUCACCAGUUCACAGUCGGACCAGGCCAAAGAGAUCCGAAGAAACUACCGGAUCACCUCAGCGGCAUGGUUCUCCCUGGUAUUCGCGCCCGUUUCGAGUUUGCCGAUAGUCAUCAUUCGACUGAAUUCGUGAACCCCGCGCGACCCUGGGACGACAUCACUAAAGGAUGGGAUUCUUUAUCCGCGAAGCAUAAGCUGCGCAUCAACUACCGCGAACCUGGCUUGACUGCUGUGUCGGUUAAUGGGGUCCGCUACGGUCUAGACCAGGACUUCAAGUCGAGGUACCCGACGCUGCUUCACCUUCUCGCGAGCUUGUCGCAUGCCGACCCAGACUUUGCACUGGACAGCGUCGUCUUCCACUUUGGCGACCAGCUUCCGACGCUCUUUGUUCUUGACGACGCGCACGAUCGCCAAAUUCCCUGGUGUGCUUUUGAAUACGUGAUUCCGCUAACCCCGCGAGGCACAGUGAACAUCAGAACUCUGAUGGCGAAGGGAAAAGCUGCGACGGAAUCGCCAAAAGGAUGCAACUUCCACGAGAAGGGAUUCCGCUUUACAACCGUGCAUCGAUGGGGUUUCGUCGAUUCCAGAACCCCGCUCAGCAUUGAUUGGAAAGGCGUUCUGGACUACCGAGGCUCCAAAGAGGAAUGCAGCUUGCUCGGAAAAAUUUUGAAGGACGCUCACCUAUCCGGGCGUCAGAUUGCCCUUAGCUUUCACGCGGAGCACAAAGCUACGUUUGUUCCAGUCCUCGAGAAGUUCGGCCCAGAUGGCAAGCCGACGUCGUCGAAGGGGCAGAAGCCGGUCACGACGACUGUGCAGUAUGGCGAAGACUUAGAUGGCAUUAUCUUUGAUUUGACCAAGCCUUUCCAGAAGAAGCACAUUCCGACCAUGAUGUACCCGUUCCUGCCCAGCGACGGUCACGGACAACCUCCGCGCGACGCCCUCAACUCUGGCAUUCUAGGCCCCGAGUACUAUCACCGGCCGCCCAAGUCCCGGGUUACGCUGCUCCCCGAGAUUCCUAUUCUAAACCAACAAGACACGUUUUACGACGGCACAGGCCCUCAUCACAGCGUGCCCAGCCUGACCAUUCCGAUCACCACAGGGCCGCAGCAAUACGUGGCGCCUUUGAAGGCUUUGCGGAAUUGGCUAAAUGCGCACUACCCAGGCUCGAAGCUGCCGUUCAAUCUGAGUAGCAUGAGCGACGACGAUCUGCAAGGCAUCGCCGACUUCCUGCUCUUCCGGUUCGACGAUGGACGCGAGGUGCCGCUGCGCUCAAUAUUUGGCCCUGAAGUCUUCUCGCCGAACUGGGCUGCAGCGAACCCGGGGGCCUACAGUCAGCUUCUCGACAUCUUGACGAAGCCAAAGAACAUGCUCCUUGCGAAAAACUUCCGCAUUGUGGUGACGGGGCCUGACGGGCGCCAGACUCCCUUUGACAUCCGGCUCGAGCCAGGAGACACGUGGCAGAAGACCCUCGACAUCUUCUUCAAAACGCAUCCCAACGUCAAGCCGCAAGACGUCAAACUGGUUCUGUAUGACGACAGAGACACCCCGCUCCGGGAAUUUGACGUCAACAUGGAUAUCUAUUCUUCGUCAUACACCGAGGCGGUCGAUCAGCUGCAUAUGAAGGGCCUACAAAUUACUCUCGAGACUCCGGCGCCGAUCGUCUCGUGCUACCAGGAAGACCCCAAACAUCCAAAGAAAUGCUUAGCUGUGGAUAUGAAGCGCAUUUUCUGCGGGCGAGUCAUCCCGGCUAAGAUGCGGUCGCGCCAGUGGAACGCACAGUGCAAUCCCGAAUGGAUCGCUCGCGCGGAUCCGCAGACCAUCGAAGACAACUACGUGAUGGGACCCGACGACGUCCGCGCCAGGUCGAUUCGUGACUUGUUGAUUUCUGCCAAGAACGACUUGAAGAAGAGGAACCCCGAGAUAGCCAGGACGCUGAAGAUCCCUGUAUCUGAUGCGGCGCAGUCCGCGGAGCUGAACCGGAAGCUCCAGGAGCGCUCAGACUUGAUGAUGAAGAGCGGCAAGACGCUGGAGGAACUAGACCAACUGCGCAGACUCAAGAUGGAGAUCAAACUCCUUCAGCGGCAGGGCGAGCUGCAGUGGGCCCGAUUGACAGGCGCGACCAUCGUCACGACAGAGAACGGCAAGCCUGUCGAGCGCCACAUCAAGCUGGAUCCCAAACAGUUCUUCAUGCCUGACAAGCUGUGGAAAGUCUACAAGGCGCUUGCGCGCGUCGUGCCCGGCCUGAAGUUCGAAAACGUCUUCAACUUCUCGUUCGAAGUCAUGGACGAAGGGGCCCGCAUGCAAUGGAAGGCGCAACAGGCGAAAGCGGCAAAGGCAGCCAAGGAAAAAAUGAAGGCACAGAGAACCCUGGUGGAUGUCGUGUUCAUCGGGCCAGACGGUGCCGCGCUUUUCACGGACAUGAACGUGGAGUUGCGCCAGCUGUCGGAUGAAGCACUCGGCCGCCUCUCCAAGGGCGACAGAAAAGGGUUGAUGAUGCAGUUGGCGAAGCUGUACGGAAUCCCGAAGCACUUCUUCAUUCGGCGUGGAGGCUACCCGCUGGCGACGGUCUCUGGCGUCAAGUGGGUGAUCGUCGUCAUGCUCGGGCUCGUCGGAGGCCCAGACAGGAGAGGCUUGGCUCCUUUGCUCGACAAUCCCCAGGCGUUCAUUGAGCUGCUCCAGAAGCAGGGCGGCUUCCAGCCCACAGACUAUGUCACACUCGUUUUUUUCGACGGGCGGACGACCGCGGUCUCCCUCAGUGCGCUUGCUCAGGAGGAUCUCAGCCAGCUGUCUGAAAUCUACUUCCCGUGGAGAAAGGGCUCCGGUCAAGCCCUCGAGGAGAAGAAGAAGGCAGUGGAAACCAAGGCUGCAGAGGCCUCCGGAAUCAUGCGGACCGUUCAGGUCACGGUCACGCAACCGUCCUCGUGGCCCAGCGUAUUCGGGGCUUGGCUCUCCGAUUUGCACGAAAUGGAUCUCUUCGAUGACGGGCCUGUCAUGCUGAAGAUUCGACCCGAAGGGGCACAAAAGGGACAGACCAUACGAUGCACUGUGAAGACCUUGGGCGAAAUUUACCAGGCGCUCAACAACCCUGAGUUGAUCCGCCGAAGGUGCCCAGGACUGGGAAACCUCAAUGAACCGUUCACGGUUGAGCUCUCUGUCCGCACAGCACCGGAACAGGUGUUUAGACUCUACAAUCGAUCUCGAUCGCCCGAUGAACAGAGGAAAACUGCAUCCGUUCUCCCCAAGCUGAAGUUCCGCAUCAGGGGUCUGCCCGCUGACGGUCAAGUGACCUUCGAGUAUCGCAAGAAGAAGCAAGAUUUGACUCCGCAGCAGCUUCAGCAGCUCAAGGCCUUGAUUGAGGGCCUGAGGGACGACGAGCCUUCAGAUGCCAUUAUGACGCAGAUCCUCCGGCUCCUCGGCUUUUCUGACGAGGACAUUGCGAAGGGCGGAAGACUGAGGUUCUGGGUUAAACAGGCCCCCACGUCUUCAGAAAAGCAGAUGCUUCGAGAGGGCUCGCUCACAGCAGUGGUGGAAGACCUUCAGGGCGGACGAAGGAAGAAAACCGUCCCGCUGUCAACUCCCGAAAACGAGGGAAUCAAGCUCGGCGCCUCCGCGCAGCAGUACUACAUCCACUUCUCUCUUUUCUCGAAAAAGACCCAGCAAAUGAAUGCACCUUGCGGCUCCAAGACGGGCGCUCAGGUGGCUUCUGCGACGUGGGGGCAGCUGUGUCGGUGGUGCGACCUCAAGUUUGCAGAGUUGCCUGGCCUUGGGAACCCUACGGUCUACAUCCGAAUCAUUGCCAGCGACAAGGCGCAAACCGUGCGAGGGGGUCAACCGGUCACGACAACCAUUGACGGGCACCCUGUGGUGUACGACGUCCGCCUGCCUGGCGAUCCGCGGUCAGCCUCGGGGCUGCCAGGACCAAUCUUUUGGAACAUGGUGGAGCGCCCGGGCCCGAACGAUUUAGGGCCGAUCUGGCACCAGUCAGCUCCGCAGCCCGGCGGAGGCCUGCGCAAGGACUACAACUACAUGGCUCCGAACCCCCGGUUCUGGGGGGCGAAUCUCUUUGGACCGUCUUCUGGAGCGUUUCCGAAAGACACACGCGCCGGCAUAGACGUCGUCACCCACCCCGAUCCGCAGGAGAGCGGUGCUGCCUACACACCCCCCAUAAAGUUUGGUUUUGGCUUCACAAACUGGAAGGAGCGAGAUAACAUGCGGUCGCAGUUCAACAACAUGGCCGCCGGCCUCACCCCGGAGGACCAGAAGCUCUACAAAGUCUACAUCCAGGUCCCGAAAGGCGACGGCCCGUACUACGCCUGCAAAGGCAUCGACAUCAAAGAAUUUAUGCGCCUCAGCAGAGAACAGGUCGCACAAGCGUGCGGCGUGGACCCCGCCCUGCUCGACGCCCCCUUUGGGGUGUACCUUUUGAAAGAGACCCCGACAUACGCCCCAAACCAAUCAAGCUUUCCGGUGUUUCUGAUAGACCCCAACGGCGACCAGCAUCCGUCCGUUGGUCAGUGGACAGGCAGGCCAGCAAAUUUUCUCGGGCCGCUCCUAAAAGGGUCCUCCCCCGCCUCGAUUCUUCAAUUCGAAUUUGCGCCGGGGGUCACCUGCAACCUGACGCAACAGGAAGUGAUGAAGAUGCAGUCCUGGGAGGAACUUCUACUGAGAUGCAACCUCAACACCGGCAAAGAGAGACCGGCCUCGAUUACAGCCCGCAUUGUGCCCAUGUAUGCCACUCCAAAUGUGACGUUCCAUGUUCCGAACGAGCUCCUGGCACCGGUUCUGAAAGCUCACGGGAACAUCCAGCCUGAACAGUUCUUCCGCCAGAAGACGACUCAGGAGAUCGUCACGCUGCUGCUGGCAAAUGCGCAGCUCGGUCUGUACUACGUCGGUCUGCGCUUCAGCGAUGGAUCAGAGCAGUCGUACAGCGAGCUACCGGAACACCUUCGCGACUUGCCGCCGAGUCAAAUCCCCGGCUUGAAGCAAAUUUUCAUUGUGCCGGCGAGUGGCGGCAAAGGGUUCCAUCCUGGAGUGUUCCGAGGUGGAAGCCUCGGUGACCUUAUGAAGUCCUUGCACAUGAGCCCGGAUACCUCGUACAAAGAGUUCGUGAGGCGAGUGGGAGAUCAGCUUCGCAGCCCCGAAGGGUUGAAAAUUCCAGGAAUCCCGCAGCACAUCGGCGGCAAACCUGCGCCAGGGCAGUCCUCCACCACUGACUUCGAUUUCGCUGUCCCUGAAGGAGCAAUCGGACCCGGAGGGCAAUCCGGAGGGCAUGCGGCGUGGCGGCCAGGAAUGCCAGGGACUUUCCCCGACGACAUGCCCAUGGGAGAGGUCGAGAAGCAGCUGCACCAUCCGUACAUGGUUUUCACUACGCGACACACCCCCACAUACGACAUCUACGGAAUCGCGUCACUUGGAGGCCCGUCGUACCACGAGCAGGUCACGAGACUGGACGCGCAUGUCCGAGGCCUCGUGGAGUGGAUGAAGAAUUCAGUUGGCAUCGCUGAUCCGAACGGCGUCAUUGGAGACCUCGUCGUCGAUUCCAUCCGCUGCCCGGCUCCAAUGACCGCUGGCCAACUCCUCUUUGCCACGGUUGGGCAUCUGCUGCACCACUGUGGGGUCACCGACUUCCAGAACUCUCACAGUCUGUAUGUUAUGGCAACGGCGGCUCCAGGCUUCACGGCGGUGCCUCGCGGGCACGGACCGAAUAUUGUUAUCAACGGCCACAACUACGGAGCUCCUGCUGCAGCGCCUCGAGACUUUUCACAGCUCUUCAGCCUUCCCGGAGGACAUGGACAGCCUCUCGCCCAAGAUGUCGAGAUUUCCGUCACUCCGGGUGCGGGGCAGCAGCCGGUGCGGGGCGUCCUUCCUCACGACCUUUUCCCAUGGCUGCAAGCGAUUUCCGAUAAACAUGGCGAGCCUGGAGUGUCCGUUGUGCUUAACUUCCUGCGUCAACUGCACUCACUGGCGAAUCUCCCGCCGGGCGCCUCACUCAACAUCGAAACGAAACUCAUUCCGCCGCAAAACCCCCAACAGCUCUACCCUCCAGGCCAAGUUCCUCAACCCGGUCCCUGGCUACAGGGAAUGUUCCCUACUGGUGGAGUAGGAGCUGGUGGGGUCUACGGACCCGGAGGAGCUGGCGCGGACGUAGCCGGAGGGGCUGGUGGUCCACCUGUCCCGAGUGCGCCUCCAGCAUAUUUGUCACCCACUGGCAUGCGCCUUCCCUUGCUUCGCCAGCCAUCCGUCGAGCUGCCUCGCAACUCCAUGCUUCGAGGUUCUGUAGGAGGGGUUGGCGGCGUUCCGAAGACGGAAUUCGUAAUUCCCAUUCUGCCUUCCCAGAAGUCCAUGCCGGUUGAACAGGUCUUGAAAUUCUUUGGCAUUUCGCCAGCGUCUGUACAGAACCUGGACGUUCAGGAGAAACCCGAGACCGGAUCAAUCAUGAUCAAGAGCGGCGGGUUGACCUUCGUGCCGUUGAAGGGGGCUCAGUUUACCAUCGCGAUGACCACAAUCAACCCGAGUGACCCCAGGACACUUGCGCAGCUUCUGACUAGCGGAGGCCAUUCUGUCAGUGAGGUGAUCGCGGGAGCAGAGGAGGAUAAGCCCUUAGUUCUGAAAAUAGUUAUUGAACAUGGGGCGGCGACUGCCACUAAGGUCACGACGCCAGUCGGAACGCCGAAAAAUGCCAUCUCGGCCCUACAAGGAUUGAGUCUGUGGAAGUUGCUGCCUCCACUUAUCCAAGUGCCCGAAGUUGAGACGAUAGUCAUCCGGGUCAAGUAUGCCAAGGAGUUCCAGGAAGCUGCGAACGCUGCCGCUGCCGCAAAAGAGGAAGCCGCAGAAGCUGGUGCCAGGGCCCCACAAUCACCCGUAGCGUCUGGUCCUUCUGCACCCGAUGCCGAUGCAGCAGCUUCCAGUGCGUCGAGAGGUGUUCCUUCACCUCUCAACGCAGCUCUCAGUGCCAGACCACGCACCAAGUCGAAACCCAAAGCGACAGCAUCCGGUGACGCAGGAGCCAGUGCGGCGGCAGGAACUAGUGACUCAGGCGCCAGUGCGGCUGCAGCACCCAGUGACUCAGGCGCCAGUGGGGCGGCACCACGCAGCAAGACGAAACGCAAAGGUGCAGCCGCCGGUGACGCAGGAGCCACUGCGGCGGCAGGAACUAGUGACGCAGGCACCAGUGCGGCUGCAGCACCCAGUGACUCAGGCGCCAGUGCGGCGGCACCACGCAGCAAGACGAAACGCAAAGGUGCAGCCGCCGGUGACGCAGGUGCCAGUGCGGCGGCAGCACCCAGUGACGCAGGCGCCAGUGCGGCGGCAGCACCCAGUGACGCAGGCGCCAGUGCGGCGGCAGCACCCAGUGACGCAGGCGCCAGUGCGGCGGCAGCACCCAGUGACGCAGGCGCCAGUGCGGCGGCACCACGCAGCAAGACGAAACGCAAAGGUGCAGCCGCCGGUGACGCAGGUGCCAGUGCGGCGGCAGCACCCAGUGACGCAGGCGCCAGUGCGGCGGCAGCACCCAGUGACGCAGGCGCCAGUGCGGCGGCAGCACCCAGUGACGCAGGCGCCAGUGCGGCGGCACCACGCAGCAAGACGAAACGCAAAGGUGCAGCCGCCGGUGACGCAGGUGCCAGUGCGGCGGCAGCACCCAGUGACGCAGGCGCCAGUGCGGCGGCAGCACCCAGUGACGCAGGCGCCAGUGCGGCGGCAGCACCCAGUGACGCAGGCGCCAGUGCGGCGGCAGCACCCAGUGACGCAGGCGCCAGUGCGGCGGCACCACGCAGCAAGACGAAACGCAAAGGUGCAGCCGCCGGUGACGCAGGUGCCAGUGCGGCGGCAGCACCCAGUGACGCAGGCGCCAGUGCGGCGGCAGCACCCAGUGACGCAGGCGCCAGUGCGGCGGCAGCACCCAGUGACGCAGGCGCCAGUGCGGCGGCAGCACCCAGUGACGCAGGCGCCAGUGCGGCUCAGCCGGAGUCAGUUGUGAAGCCGAAGAUAAGUCAGUCAAAGGGGAGUUUUCCUCCCGUGUUCCAUCCACGCCCGAGGGCUGCGGAAGAAAUCGACGGCACACCGAAUUCGGAGCUGUCCAUUUUCGUGGAUCGUCAAGGCGAGAGCACACAGAGGUACACGUUGUCGUCCCGCAUCCGCGGUUCCGUCGUUGGCGAGGCAACGGUCAAUCAAAUGCUGGAUCUCAUAGAUGGUCACCCUUUCCAUUGGUAUCGCAUUUUCUGGGGACAGCGAUCAGUGGACGGCAGCUCCUGCAAGCCCCGUUUUGAGUUCCCGUACCACCACUGGCUCCACACAGUAAUGGCAAAGCUUCCCGUCCCGCAGCGGUCCACGUGCCUGCUAGUGCGAGAGAUUGUGAAACUUCGCAUCGGCGAAGGUGCAACGUUCUUUUCGAAGCCGCACUUUUUCCACAAUCCGGUCAUCAUCAUUAAACGACCAGGAGAACCGAAGCAACUCAUGUACGAGGAGCAGAUCGACCCGACGAUAUUGGAUCAACCACUUACAACUGCCUUGGAGCAGUUAGGGGUCACCAAGGAACAGAUCGCUUCAGUGCAGCAGUGCACUAGCGACAACAUCGAUGCCCCGGCGUCCUGUUCGUCCAAGCCUCUCGAAGUGAACCCUGAGACCACGGUGCCUGCUGCUGUGGCAACAAAAUCCGCGUUCCUCAAAGUGGCAGUCAAAAAGAGUCCGGCUAGCUUCCUCCAGAUUCUGCGUGGGCGAAGAAGGCUUAGCGCCGCGUAG